AUGGAUUACAGCUGGGAAGUAACUCAAUGCAUUUCUCCCGCAGAUAUUUUCCCGGACUACCAAGAAGUGAUGGCAAGGAUGCUGCCAAACCAACGCCUGUUCCAUCCCUAUGUUGUUCUUUCCGACCCCCAGAGUGAUGGCGUACUCGCCAAUACGAGGCCAACAACAAUUCCAAACAGACGGCCUUUCGCAGCCCACAUCCUGGGUCAGCCACUUCCUCAUACCGCCUCCCCCUUCAUCCCUCCAUCCCCAUCCGAUAGCCCGUCCGCCGCCGACCGACUAAAUGCCUCGACCUCAUUGUCUUUAACUCGCUCUACUAGUACCGUAGCCUCUAACAGCUCCCGAAAGACCAAGGUGGGUCGACCGCGUCCCACCGCCCCCUCAGCCGGCGCUCGCCGUCACGGAAACCACGAGGACCUUCUUUCGGAGCCCCUUGAUUUCGUACAGUGGGUUUCGAGGCUGUUUCAAAGAGGGAAAGGCAUCAGUAAGCUGCCUUGCCUUCUGUGUGGAAAACCUCAGAAGGGAUCCAUGAAACGACACGUGGAGUCCGUUCACAGGAUUAUCUGGGCAAAAUCCCGGCUUCCCCAUCGCUUCGACCGCCUAGAACCUGCUGCGCAGGCUUUUCUUCUCGUUAAUUGUGCCCUCCUUCUCCGGGAAGAAAACCCCACGCCCGACGAGUCCCUCGAGGUGAGCAAGCUCCUCAAUCAAAAAUGGAUCUUUCCACGGCCCCUUGGUUCUCAAAUGGACCCCGAACCCAUCACCGGCCUCGGUCGCAAUAAUUACCCGCUCAUAUUCAGAGCGUUUUGGACAAAGUACGGAAAAGCCUGGAGGUAUGCCUGCAAAUGUCCCAACUGUCAGGCAAGGCUUACUAGGGGAGAGUCCCAACGCCGCCACCUGGAAGGUUGUUCAGGUGGUAUUCAGCCUGACUAUGACACGGACGAUUAUGCGACGGACAGUGAGGAGUUUAGGUCAGGCGAGAGGGGUGUACGUAGGAAGAAGCAGUGCUCUGAAUGA